GUCUAAAACAACGGCAACAGUCGUUCCAACGCACUUUAAAAAGCGCUAAUUUUGCUCGUAUCUCAGUUAAACAUAACCAUCACUGACUUGAGAGAAAGCAGCAAGUUGAAAGCCCCGCGAGAGAAUACAGAGCUCAGGGGCGGAGGGGGCGCGCACCGGGGGCGCGUCUCGCUGACUUUUAUUCCGAGGCGCAAAGCCUUUCCAGUUCAUUUACGGACCAGAGGACCUCGGUAAGCGUUGCAGAACAGGUGCUCAUAACUCCAAACCGUUUAGUAAAGUGAAUCAGUUUUAAAAAUUAGUUUAAGAAAAGACGUGCCAAGGACAAAAGCUAAUUCACGGACGAAAGGAUUCUAAUUUCUUUUUACUCCAUAGUGAUUCUGCAAAUGUUAAUAUAGCGAAUAAAAAAUAACAUAUUUGUUUUUUUAAACUUAUGGUUGUCUCGCAAUUUGGGGGAUUUCGAUCAUUUGUUUUCGUCCCCUUGGAUUAUUUGUGCAACGAUCUGGGCCGCUGGGUUGAUUUCUGGAUGGCACGGAAUAAAAGCGACCUAAAGCAAGUGCGACUCGAACGCUCGGAGCCCGUUUUAACAGCUGCUCUCGUAUAACCGUGCACUCUGCGUGGUUGUACAAAGCGCGCUCUGAGAGGGAUGGUCUUCGGCUCUCUGCCGGUUGGAGCAUCUCUGUGGCUCCGGUCGGAACCGUUUCGCCUCCACGGGGACAAACUAGGACCAAAGAGAUGAGAGUCGCGCUCUGCUACCUUCUCGCCUGUGCCUCCUUCUCUUCUGCUCUUCUUCCCGCAGCUGCAGAGGAAGCGUCGACUCCCCGGGAGCUGACUGAGAGUUUCCCCCACAGCGAGAUCGGCACCAUUGGCGACCUCCAGCGGCUGCUGGAGACACACUCCGCAGAGAAUGAGGCAGUGCAGGAGACUAAAUGGUACUACCGCAAAGAACGUCUCCACGACGAUGAUGACCUCAAAAGCUCGCAGACGCACCCCAGACGGAAAAGGAGCAUUGAGGAGGCAGUGCCGGCUGUGUGUAAGACUCGGAGCGUGGUGUAUGAGAUCCCGCGCAGUCAGGUAGAUUCCAUGGCGGUAAACUUCCUGAUCUGGCCGCCGUGUGUGGAGGUGAGCCGCUGCUCGGGCUGCUGCAACACCAGCACCAUGCGCUGUCACGCCAGUAAGACAUACCACAGGACUGUGAAGGUGGCCAAGGUGGAGUACGUGCGUCGCAGGCCAAAGCUGAGGGAGGUGCUGGUGCAGCUUGAGGAUCAUCUGGAGUGUGUGUGUGUACCCAAACACCACCUGGACUCUCGCUUACACACAGCAGAUAUAAGGUGAGUGUGACGUUGGGCAGAGAAGGUGGCAAUAAGGAGGGCCAACCACCUUGUCCAAUCAAAUCUUAGGUCCCACAUGACAUCAGUCAGCAAAAGGGGAGUGCCAAGCAAUCCACAGCAGACACACUGACGGCGGACCAACCGAACCGGGCUGAGCUGAAGGGCACCGUUGUUGGGCUCGGAUAGGCCAGUUUCUGCACAUUUUGACGGACGGCACAGUGAGACAGACAGACUCUUAGGAAAGAAAUUCACCCUCGCCGAUGGAGUUCACGCCGUGAUGGCAGAGAUGGCCGACUCCGCCCUCCCCCCAGCCUCAACGCACAGGCCUGAGCUCUUGUCACGGACGCUGACGUCUGCCAUGCCCUCCCGAUACUGCCUCGCCGGGACUGCCUCGCCGUGACUGCCUCACCGAGAACUCCUCUCCGCCUGCGCCGGGUCUGACGGCAGCGUAACGGAGUGUCUAACACAGACAAGUCACUCUUAUAACCAGAUUUCUUUCUUCCAGUAAGCACUUCUGGGGGAUUCUCUCCUUGACUUUCGUAGACCCAUAUUCUGUCGAGUGUUGAUUUGCUCCGGUGCGUAGAACAAAAGAAACAGGCAUAACCAAAGUCUCUGCAGUAACCGCUACUAAUAAACUAUUUAUAAAUGCAUUGA